GCAGCGGCGCCGCGCGUGCCCGAGGAGGGCCCCGCCAUGUCCGCCGAGUGGCUGAGGCGCUUGCGGCGGGGCGGCCCCGCGGAGCGGCCCGGCGGCGCGCAGGGGCCUGGGCCCGGCCCGCCGCCCACCGCCCUCCGCUACCGCCGGCCUAAGUUCCUGCGUGGCGGCGGCGGAGAGGAGAGCCCGCGGGGCGGGCGGGCCGUGCGGGGCACCGGGCCCGAGCGGCCCCUGCCCUGGGGCGCGGGCUACGCCGAGGUUAUCAAUGCCGAGAAGUCGGAGUUCAAUGAGGACCAGGCAGCCUGCUGUCAGAUCUCCAUCCGGAGGAGAGAGCCGGGCCUGGAGGAGGACGAGGAAUGGCUGAUCCUGUGCGCCACGCAGUUUCUGACUGGUUACUACUGGGCACUGUUUGACGGCCACGGUGGCCCAGAAGCUGCCAUCAUCGCCUCCAACUAUUUGCACUACUGCAUCAAGCAGAAGCUGGAGGAGGUUGUGGGAGGCAUCACAGAGGCCCGUCCCCCCAUGCAUCUCAGCGGACGCUGCGUUUGCGACAGCGACCCCCAGUUCGUGGAGGAGAAGCACAUCCAUGCAGAAGACCUGGUGGUGGGAGCACUGGAGAACGCCUUCCAGGAAUGCGAUGAAGUCAUCGGCCAGGAGAUGGAAGCUACGAACCAGACGGGAGGCUGCACUGCUCUGGCUGCCCUUUAUUUCCAGGGAAAGCUGUAUGUGGCUAAUGCUGGGGACAGCAGGGCGAUUCUUGUUCUGAAGGACAAUGUUGUGCCCAUGAGCUGCGAGUUCACACCCGAGACAGAGAGGCAGCGAAUCCAGCACUUGGCUUUUAUUUUCCCCAAGCUCCUGGACGGCGAGUUCACACGCUUUGAGUUUCCACGGAGGUUGAAGGGAGAUGACGUGGGCCAGAAAGUCCUGUACCGGGAUUACUUCAUGGAGGGCUGGGGAUACAAGACGGUGGAGAAAGCCGACCUCAAGUAUCCUCUUGUCCAUGGUCACGGGAAGCAGGCUCGCUUGCUGGGGACUCUGGCAGUCUCUCGAGGUCUGGGGGAUCAUCAACUCAAAGUCAUCGACACCAACAUUGAAGUCAAACCUUUCCUCUCCUGCAUUCCCAAGGUGAAUGUAUUUGACUUUGCUCUGCAUGACAUUAAGGAAGACGAUGUCCUCAUCAUGGCAACCGAUGGCCUUUGGGAUGUUCUGUGCAACAAAGAGGUGGCUCAUAUGGUCAGGAGCUUCCUUGCAGAAAACAGGACAGAUCCUCACAGAUUUUCAGAACUGGCCAAGUGCUUGGUAUGCAGAGCAAGGGGAAAGAAGAGAGCCCACCAGUGGAUGCUGGAUGACAGCCACGAGGCAUCCUAUGAUGACAUCUCUGUAUUUGUCAUCCCACUACACAACAGGGAUGAGGACUGACUGUUAGCAUGACACACAGGAUCUCGGUCACCCUACCAUGGUGCUAUUCAGCAUCAACCUGAGACUGAGGGAUUUCUGCUGUGCAUGUACACUCUCUUCCAGCAAAACCAUCUGCAGUGGAAUCUGAAAACGCACAGCCAGCACUUAUGCAGAAGAUCAACAAGAACAUUAGCUCCUUAAGAACAUGCAAGAGAGGAACAAUGGGCAACAAAUCAUUCCCCUUACUCCUUUCUCAUUGUUGGGCUAAGGAGAAAUUGCAAAGGGGGCCACACAAGCUGAAGGGUACUAUUUCUAAGAUUUUUGCAGUACAGCGAGACUCAAAUCCACAUUUCUAAUGACCCCUCUCCCUUUUUAAUAUUGAAGAAUGAGGAUCAAUUGAGAUCCAACCAGUCUCAAGAGCUGGCUUUUAAUCAGACUUGAACGUGUAAAACUGGAUGCAUAAGCUAAAGCGUCCCUCAUAUCCAUUUGCUGUAACACGAGAUGUACUGAAAACCCAGGAGCUGCUGCUAAGACAGCAUUAGGCAUGGCCAUGCCUGCGUAAUGCAAAUGCUGAAGCAGUAGCCCAGACCUCCUGAGAAAGUUGCCAUUUGUAGGCAGCACCACCUCAAAACAGACACUGUUAGCAGAUGAAACUACACAUUGGUGUACAGGAGCCUCCUGUGUAAAGAUAUACACCUUACUGUUAUUUAAGAGUAUUAAGUAUAUUGGUAUGUAAUGCAACAUACAAAUUUCUAACAAAUCUUAGCCCACAACACUCACUAACACUUUUUCUAUUCAUUCAGGUAAUUUUUGACAGCAAAGCUGGUUUUGUAGCAGUAGCACUGAUGAGAACCAAAGUGUUUUAAGUACAUCAGCUGAUUUAGUAGAAGAGCUCCAAGUAAAAUAAAACCGGUUUGUUCAAAUUUGUCUACAGUGCUGAGUCUCAAGCACUUACACUCAUUACAACAGGAACAGCAGCACAGCAGACGUGCCAAACAGCAUUGUGCCUUAAACUCUUGAGGAUCUGCUUCUCAACCUGUUCAUUAGCCAGGCAAAUUCAGGUCUGGACAAGCUUCCCAUCUCCCCGAGUCUCCACUUUGGUUUUCAUUAUUCAUUACACAAACUGCAAGAUUCCCAAGUGAAGUAGACAAACCCCAGGAUGUGUUUUAAGUUCUACAAGGAUUAAAGUCCAAAUAAAAAUACUUUUUUUUUUCCAUGCAUCUUACUGCAGUUUUACUCCUAUCAGAGGUUUUACACAGACCUGAGAUGGAGAAAAACAGCCUUAGAAAACCACAGAAGCGUUUUUGCUUUGGAUUUGUCUUUGCCAAAAACCAGUUUGUCACUAGAAGUAUUCCCUUAGCAGUGCUACCCGGAGGGCUAAGUGUCGAAAGAUGAUACCAUGCAGUGGGAGGCCUGGACCCAGGAAUGAGGCAGCCAUCUCAGCUAUCUGCUCAUGGUUUAAGCAAGGGAUAGAACACAAAAACAUUUCUCUCCAGCUUUGCUUUUCCCCCAUCUUGGUUUUAACUUGAAAACAAUGCACAUGCGGGUUUUACCCACGUUAACUUGAUGCUGGCUGCCGUCCCCCCUACAGCAGCUGUAAUGCUAUAUAUACAGCGACUGUAAUGGUCAAAGUGUCCUGUUACUCCAAACCAACAAGCUAUUUCCCCGCUUCCUGCUGAGAAGAGGCUUGGCUCUUCUAUCCAGACCACAGGCUUCUGUGAACACCCCUCUACCUAGGGCACCAUACCCUCAACAAGUAGCUGUCACAAGACUGCACCCCUAUCCUGAUACAUUCCUAGGCAAGAAAAACCUCUUAAAAUGGGCAAUUUAUGUAGGUAUAGCUUCAGAGCAUCACAACUUCCACUACAAAGCUUCUGACUUUGCAAAACAAAGGGGCUUUUAAAAAACAUGGAUGAUUUUCCCAUUCCCCCUCUAAGAAACUAGCAAGUUGUAUCACACCAGACAAAUGCAGAAUUUACAGCACUCUGUGAUCUCUCUACAAAAUAUUUAUUAGUACAGGCACAACAUUGAAUUCUCCACAUACGUAGUAUUUUGUGACAAAGCAUAAUUUGACUUUAUGUAUUUACACUCAUCUGGCAGAUACCACCUAGGAGUCAAACUCCCCAUACCAGCUCACGACCAAAGAGACCAGUUUCCGAAAGGCUCACCAGGAUCCUAGCCCCUCGUGAAAUCUCUUAAAGUGCAAAUACAGUCAAGGCAUUGGAAAAGAUACACUGCUGCUUCCAGAUUUGUUCACUCAGUUGCUCCUGUGUCCCCCAGAGCAGGGGUUGGGACAUUAACCAAGAACUUGGGAGCCUCAAUUAAAAAAAAAAAAAAAAAAAAAA